UGAUCUUUUUUGUUUGUUUCAAUGAGUUAAUAGAGGGCUAUAUGAUUCUUGUUCAGUUGUUCUUUGAUUGUAAUUGAUUGAUUUGUAUGAUGGUUUGUUGGGGGAGGGGUUUUUAAUAUUAAAAUUGUCUCUUUUUAAUGAUGGGGGGAGGGGGGAUUUGUUUCAUUUACUAAUUGCACUUUAUACUUUGUUCCCGUGUUGUGUUCUAAUCAUUACUUUGCCUAAAGAAUAAUUUUAAUGAUUUUGUUUCUUCCAUGUUUAUUGCUCUGAGCUCUACUUUGUUUGCAUUUAUGAGUCGUCUAGAAACUUUAAUUUUUGGCUUUAUUUGAUACUCAUAUGACUGUUGUAAGGGGAAUUCCUUUGCUGCUUUAAUCUUUUGUUUUCUAAUAAAAUUUUACAUAUUUAAGCUUUAUUUCAUUGACCAAGAAGAUGUUUGUUUUCCUUUUCUACCAUUCAAAGAUGUUUUACAGUAAGGGUUUUUUAUGGAAAAGAAAAAUUCUUAGUAUUUUUCUUUUUUUGUAGAGUACAUGCUUUCUAUGAUUGGUUUAGGCUGAGCAUCCAAUUUAGAUGCUGCAUAUUUGGAAAGCUGCUAUUUAAGUUUCUUUGCCUUUUCAGAUUUUAGUUUGUUUUGUUUCCUUUCAGUCUUUUGGCAUAUGCUCUUUUGCAUGUUUAUUGAAUAUUAAUAUGGAAUUUCCAGGACGCAGGGGGUUUUCAGAUUGAGUGUUUGGAGUUUUACUGUAGUUGUUGCUGUGGCAGCUGUAUACGAUAUAUAUGACUGCAGAUGCAUUUUUGCAUCCCGUGGAAUGCUAUUGAUUUAAGGGUGUUUAUUUCAGCUGCAUGAAGAAAUGUCAAUGAACAUGGAAUGUAAGCCUGCUACACCAAGUGUUAUUGCAAAAUUAAUGGGCCUUGAUGAACUUCCAACUCAGCAACCUGUCAAGAAGCAGAAACGACAAAGAGUGCUUUCAGAGAAUUAUCUUCGUAAAGUUGCUUCUAUAGGUGUUUGGGAGAAGCGGUCGUUUGAUGAAUGCCAUUCGUAUAGGUUCAGCUUUGAAGAGCAAAAGGAGUUCAAGGAUGUAUAUGAAGUAAUAGAGUCAUUAGAGAGAGACAAGGAAAGUGAUUUGUUUGCUGAAAAGGGAAGAGCUGAUUUAAGAUCGUCAGAGGAAAAAAUUCCUAUUUUAAGUGGAAGUCAUGCAGAUGCAGAUUGUGUUCCAGUGGGUGUCAAGCUUCAACAUUUGAAAGAAGUUCAUUCUGGACAGUAUGGGCCAGGAUUUGUGGAUUCUAGAAUGGAUUAUUUUGAAAAUCAUUUUCAGAAUCCAGAUUAUUUGACCACCAAGCCUUUCUAUGAUCAGGAAGGUGUCUCUUCUCACUUGCUUUCAGGGCAUGUAAGAAUCUUAGAGCCAGCAUAUUCUUUGGACUCUGAAAAUACUGAUAUAUACAGGGAAGUCCGGAAUAGAACUGAUCAAGGAAAUGCUAAAUUGCGUCAGCAACUUGAGAAUCAUCUUGUAAAAGAUUUCCAAAGGAAAUAUGGACCUGAUAGUAUGUUUCCUGGAUGUCGUCUGGAAUCAAACAACGAAAAACAUCCUUCCUUUAGAAAAGUUGUUGUUUUGAAACCAAAGCCUGGAAAGGUAGAGGAUGCUUCUAAUUGUCUCUCUUCUCCUAGUUCUAGUGAAGGUUCUUAUUCAGGCAAUAGGAAAGACAAAGGUUUCCUCAGUCAUGGAAAAGGAAAUUCACAUACUCAAGUUAAAGAGAGGAAGAAUUUGUCCAAUGAUGUGAAAUCCACAGGGCAUAGAUCUAUCCCUUCCUGUGGAUCUGAAAAGGAAAUCACCAGAAAAACAAGGCAUAAGACAAGUGACAUUCCUUUGCAGCCAACAAGGUCAGGAUUCAGUGGUGUUCACAGUCUUGCAAAAGAGCCAGAGUUAAUGAUGGUUUCUUCCCCAAAUUACUCUGAUUUGAACAACUGGUAUAAGCCCUCAUGCAACUACUUAGAUGGAUCAUAUGUGGCUCAGGAAGCAAAGAAGCAAAUCUCAGAAAGAUGGAGGAUGAAUAAAGAGUUUCGGGAGAAUGGACUUACUUUUGGGGGUAGGGGCAGAAGCAGAACUCUUGGUGAAAUGCUUGCAUUGCCUGACUAUGAUAAAUAUGCGAACUUUCGUACUCCGUUAGGCAUUCGCAGUAGAGAUGGUUGGAAAAAAAUGGGUGUUGGAGACUUAAUAAAGUCCAGAUCUCCGGCAUAUUUUACAUCUGUUGGAAGUCCUAAAACCAGGACCAGUCACAAAGCUUUCCAUGAUGAUUUGUGUAUGACCAUGAGGCCAAUGUUUUCUCUUAAUUGGUCAAGACUGAAGUCAAGUAAGCAGGGUUCCAGUGGGAAAGAUGAUCUGGAACGAAGAAACUCAGGAUCCAACUGCAAGAAGUCUCAAUCUAGUCCAUACCUAAAGUCAGAAAAGAAUCACUUGCUUGAAGACAAAUAUGUUAUCCAUUAUAUGUUCAAGAACAAACUUGAGAAGCAGGAUCGUGCUGAACAACAUUCUAUAGUUCGUAAGUCAUUAAAACACGAUGUUGAUUGCUCUGAUUCUGAAAAUGAAAUUACCCCAAUUGAUCAAUGUAAUGACAUCAAGGAUGGAAAUAUGUCUCCAGAAGGUUCUGUGGUACCUGAGUCACCAAUGUGUACUGUUGCGUCCCCAAGCAUGGCAUCUGAUAUGGUGGUUGCUAUAGAAAAUGUGUCUGUCAGCAAGUGUACUGAGAAUCAUAAACAGCCACAGUUUGAACCAAUAGGCUGCACCAUGUCAGAGAAAGAUUAUGAUUCUUCUUUUAUCCCUGACGCUUCAAGUAAACAGGAAGAUAUGUUAAUGGAAAUAUCUGAAGAGUGUGGGACAGACCCUGACUCUCUUGUGAACUUGGAGAGAGCUUAUCAGCCCAGUCCAGUUUCAGUUUUGGAAGCACCAUUUGGAGAAGAGGUUUUAUCCAACUCUGAAUGCUUUCACAGUGUCAGUGCUAGCUUACAUGAUGUGAGGCGACAACUUGAAUUUCUAAAAUCAGAGUCAUAUGAAGGAUACUCAGAAGGACCUGGAAUGGUUGUGUCAAGUGAUGAUGAUGAUGAUGAUGCAGGAGAAGAGUCCCUGAAGGACUGUGAAGUCAAUGAAGAUUCAACAAAGUUGUUUGGAGUUGAAGAGAGUAGGGAUUUCUCCUAUAUGGUUGAUGUCUUGACAGAGGCAGAUUUCCAUAGUAGAAACCAGAAUAUAGGCUUUGACGGACGGCACUCUCCAGAAAUCCCUAUAAGCCCUUCAAUUUUUGAUGCAUUAGAGAAGAAGUAUGAUGAACAAAUAGCUUGGAAGAGGUCAGCAAGGAGGCUACUGUUUGACCGCAUAAAUUCAGGUUUGAUGGAAAUUCUCCAGCCAUGCUUCGGAGAACCCAUAUGGGCAAAACCUGUCGCAAGAAGGCUUAGCUUUAGGCAGAACUUGAAGGAGAUUAAGGAAGAGCUGUAUAUGUUGUUGGUUAGCCAGGAAAAGGAAGCAAGAAAGGACUCAUCUGAGAAAGUAUUGGGAAAGGAUGAUGGAUGGUUAUUCUUAGGAUAUGAUAUUGAGGUAAUUGGUAGAGAAAUAGAGAAUUCAUUGAUAGAUGAGCUGGCAGCAGAGAUUGUUAGCCUAGAGAGUUUUUGAAAGAUAGUUUUCCCCACAUUUUUUUUCCUCCUGGUUUUGGCAGAUAUUUACAUGCAUCAUCAAAACCACAAGUGAGAGAUUUUUUUUUUUUUUGAUUAUUGGGCAUUUGUAUUUUGCAUUGGCAUGUCAGUGAGAAAGAGAGAGAGGUGUAUAUAGGAAAAUUUUUUAUUUAGUGAGGUUUGAAUUCCAUCGGUCAUGUUAGUGUAUUGAAAUUCAAAAAUACAUUACAUGGUUGGUUCAUUCUUGGCAUUGGUGUGGAAGUCAAGAUGAGUGGAUACAUAUGUUGAGGUGAUGGCAGAUAGUAUUAGCAUUGCCAUGCCUGUUGUUGUAUACCUGUAAUGCCAGUUUCUGAAAGGAGACCACGUUUGUUCCAAAAAAAAAAAAA